AUGACAGUAAUUCCUCUGUUUCUGCUCGUGUCAGACAGCAGUGAUGAGGAAUUAUGUGCACAGUGUAAAAAGGCUUGUGAAGCAGCACACAGACGCACCUACACCAGGCAGCACCAUGAAAGCAGACUAUUCCGCUCCAUGAUCACUGAUGUGCUUUAUCUAGAUGAGGUGAGAGCAGUGUGUGAGUCAAUGUGUGUGUGCGUCUGUGUGAGUGUGUGUGCUGGCUGCAGACCAGGCAGCAGUGUUAGGGUGGAAAAAUGGGGGAUCUGCGUCUCUGGUUCUCUGCCGGUGGAAGAAGAAGAGGCACCCCGCAGAUCAGGGCCACUCCAAAAACUGAACCCCCACACGGACCAGACCAAAGCAAGGGAGCUCCAAGCUGGCCUCUCCCCGGAUCGCCUCAGCAGGUACCUGAGAGAGUACCAGGGAGGGGAGUGGGCUCUGGCAGCGUGUUAUCAUGCCUGCCGUUGGAGGGACACCUGCCUCUGA